AGUGGUUACACCCAACCUGCCCCUUCUCAUGUGAAUCUCCACCCCAAGCAGCCUUCAUUAUAACCUGGAUGGGGCUGUUAAUAGGAUCAAGGUACAGGAAGAGCAACAGCGGGAAAACAGAUCUCCCCCGUGCCAGGAAUCCCAGGAAUUCCUGAAAUCCGAGCGUUCUAUUAUUAUUAAUUUUUUUUUUUAAAGACUGCACUGGAAUAAAGGUGCUUUUUUUUGGUGUCCUGAGCUUUGAAGAAAAAACCCAUCAACAACCCAAACACCCCCACUUUUAUUUCCCCCCCGAUUUCCACAGCAGCAAAUCAGCAUUUGCUUUACCACAUGAGCUAGAGGAAUGGCUUGUCUGGACUAUAUGAAAGAGAAAAGAAGAUGAUUUUGGGAACUUUUUAAACGAGAUUUACAAAUAUUUUUCCCCUCUCCACUUCUUAGAUGUAGAGAGUAGUUGCAGGUUUAAGACUACUGCAUUUACUACUUUUAAAAAUAAAAUAAAAUAAAAAUAAAUCUUUAUUUUCAUUCUACUGCUCCCCCUGGCUUUUAGUGGAUUUUCGUCAUUCCCACCCUCCACUUGUGGAGGAUAACUGGACUACUGAUACUUACCUUUUUGUGACUUGGAAUGAUUUUAACACUUGGUUUGGUGGUGUUUUUAUAAGAAACAAAUCUACAUAUUUUUGGUGAUUAUAUAUAUUUUUUCUUGGUGGUAGUUUGAUAUAGACUUUUUUUGGAGCUGUGUGUUUUCAAGAUGCAGAGGACUGAACAAACCAUGUUUCAGUUUGAGCCAGGGUACAUGGAUGUCCAAAGACCUACAUCACCCUCUCUCUUGUCACCAGCUGCGUUUGUCAACUCUGCACAAUAUUCUAAUGUUCUGGAAGGAAGAUUCAAACAACUGCAAGAUGAACGUGAAGCAGUGCAGAAAAAAACCUUUACAAAAUGGGUCAAUUCACACCUGGCAAGGGUUACCUGUCGGAUUUCUGAUCUCUACAAUGACUUGCGAGAUGGACGCAUGCUUAUUCGGCUGUUGGAAGUACUGUCUGGAGAGCAACUGCCAAAACCUACUAAAGGCCGCAUGCGUAUUCAUUGCCUGGAAAAUGUAGACAAAGCCCUGCAGUUUUUGAAGGAGCAAAAAGUCCAUUUGGAGAACAUGGGAUCACACGAUAUUGUCGAUGGGAACCACAGGCUGACUUUAGGACUCAUCUGGACUAUAAUCCUCAGGUUUCAGAUCCAAGAUAUCAGUGUAGAGACCGAAGAUAACAAAGAAAAGAAGUCUGCCAAGGAUGCUUUAUUGCUCUGGUGCCAAAUGAAGACUGCAGGGUAUCAGAAUGUCAAUGUUCACAACUUCACCACAAGCUGGCGAGAUGGGCUCGCAUUUAAUGCCAUUGUACACAAGCACAGACCCGACCUCAUUGAAUUUGACACCUUAAAAAAGUCCAAUGCCCACCACAAUCUUCAAAAUGCCUUCAACACUGCAGAGAGGGAGUUGGGCCUCACUAAACUUCUGGAUCCUGAAGAUGUGAAUGUUGAUCAGCCAGACGAGAAAUCGAUCAUCACCUAUGUGGCCACAUUUUAUCACUAUUUCUCCAAAAUGAAAGCUCUUGCUGUGGAGGGCAAGCGUAUUGGCAAGGUGUUGGACCAGGCCAUUGAAGCAGAUCAGCUAGUUGAGAAUUAUGAGCAGUUGGCGACAGAACUCCUGCAAUGGAUUGAGCAGAUGAUAAUUACUCUUAAUGAUCGCAAGUUAGCCAACUCUUUGAGCGGUGUUCAAAACCAACUUCAGGCCUUCAACACCUACCGAACUGUGGAAAAGCCCCCAAAGUUCACAGAGAAAGGAAAUUUGGAGGUUCUUCUGUUUACAAUCCAGAGUAAAAUGAGAGCUAACAAUCAGAAAGUGUAUACUCCUAGAGAAGGCAAACUUAUAUCAGACAUAAACAAGGCAUGGGAGCGUUUGGAGAAGGCAGAACAUGAGCGUGAGCUUGCACUGCGUAACGAGUUGAUUCGUCAAGAAAAAUUGGAGCAGUUAGCUGCUAGGUUUGACCGUAAAGCCGCCAUGAGAGAAACUUGGCUGAGUGAAAAUCAACGUCUUGUCGCUCAGGAUAAUUUUGGUUUAGACUUGGCUGCAGUUGAGGCUGCGGUGAGAAAGCAUGAGGCCAUUGAGACCGAUAUUGUGGCCUAUAGUGAGCGCGUGCAGGCAGUAAAUGCUGUGGCAGAUGAGCUGGAAGCAGAGAACUAUCAUGACAUUCGAAGGGUGUUGGCUCGAAAGUGUAAUGUGACCCGGCUAUGGAAUUACCUGAAGGAGCUUGUGGCAGCUAGAAGGCAGAGACUCCUAAUGAAUCUGGAGCUUCAGAGGAUGUUUCAAGAUCUGUUAUAUCUUAUGGACUGGACUGAUGAUAUGAAGGGUCGUCUACAGUCUGAGGAUUAUGGCAAACAUCUACAUGGGGUAGAAGACCUUCUUCAGACACACAACCUAGUGGAAGCGGACAUCACAGUUCAUGCAGAACGUGUUAAAUCUGUUGCAUCUGUAGCACAGAAAUUUAUGGCGGAUGAUGAAGGUUACAAACCAUGUGACCCAGAUUUAGUGCGAAAGCGUGUGCAUCUUUUGGAACAACAAUAUGCAGAUUUGUGUGAGUUGUCUGCGGCCAGGCGGUCAAAACUAGAGGAAUCUCGUCGGCUCUGGAAGUUCUUUUGGGAUAUGGAGGAGGAGGAGGCUUGGAUUCGUGAACAGAGUCGACUUCAACUUUCUGAAGAUUAUGGCAAAGAUCUCACCAGCUCUUUAAGACUGAUAAGCAAGCAUAAUGCCUUCCGUGGUGAGAUGAGUGGACGUUAUGGUCCACUGCAGCAAACUGUGGCUGAAGGAGAAGAACUUGUGUCUCAGGGACACUUUGGUGCACGGGAAAUUGAGGAAAAAAUAGCUGAUGUAAUGGGCCAGUGGAAAGAGCUGGAGACCUUAGCUGAAGAUAGGGAGAAGAGACUAAGGGAGGCCUACCGCUAUUACCAAUUUCAAGCUGAUGCCAAUGAUGCAGAGGCCUGGAUCCUUGAUACAUUACGCCUGGUUUCAGCCAAUGAUGUGGGCCAUGAUGAGUACUCUACGCAGACACUAAUUAAAAAGCACAAGGAUGUAGAAGAAGAAAUCCUCAACCAUAGGCCAGCUAUUGAUGCUCUACAUGAGCAGGCUCGAACCUUGCCACCAGCUUAUUCCCAUUCUCCAGAAGUUGAUGGAAGGCUCCCAGCUUUAGAACAACGGUAUGAGGAACUGGUAGAUCUGGCUGCCCAUCGCAAACAAGCUCUUCAAAAUUCGUUGGCUCUUCACAAAAUGUUCAGUGAGGCAGAUGCCUGCGUACUCUGGAUCGAUGAGAAGGAGCAAUGGCUAAAUGGUAUGGAGAUUCCAGAAAAGCUUGAAGAUCUUGAAGUUGUUCAGCAAAGAUUUGAAACACUGGAGGCAGAAAUGAAUAACUUGGCUUCCAGAGUUGCAUCUGUAAAUGAAAUUGCUGAACAGUUGUUGAGCAUCGACCAGAGAAAUGAAGACAGCAUCAGAUCAACACAGAACCAGCUAAAUGCCUGUUGGGAUCAGUUUCGCCAGCUUGUUGCCCAGAAGAAGGCGGCACUUGAUUCUGCUCUUGAUAUUCAGAAUUAUCACCUGGAAUGCAAUGAAACAGUGUGCUGGAUGAGGGAAAAGACCAAGGUUAUUGAGUCCACACAAAGCUUGGGAAAUGACCUGGCAGGUGUCACUGCUCUCCAGCGCAAACUUACUGGCAUGGAACGUGACUUAGAAGCUAUACAGGGGAAAGUUGGUGACCUACGUGAAGAGGCAGAAAAGCUUGCCUCUGAGCACCCACACAAAGCCACUGCCAUUACCGGCCGACUAUCUGAGAUUGAUGACACCUGGGGAGAACUGAAAAAUACCAUGAAAAAGAGAGAAGAAACUUUAGGGGAAGCAAGUAAGCUGCAGGGAUUCUUGCGUGAUCUGGAUGACUUCCAAAAUUGGCUUUCAAGGACUCAGACAGCAGUUGCAUCAGAGGAUGUCCCUGCUGACUUGGCAGAAGCAGAGAGGCUUUUGGCACAGCAUGAAGGCAUAAGGAAAGAGAUAGAACGUUAUGGAGCAGACUACCAUAGAGUGAGAGAUGUAGGUGAAGAAGUGACCCGUGGACAGACUGAUGCACAGUACAUGUUCUUGCAACAGAGGCUUAAGGCAUUGGACACUGGCUGGAAUGAACUUGGACAGAUGUGGGAGAACAGGCAUCAGCUUCUUUCCCAAGGUUACAGCUUCCAGGUGUUCUUGAGGGAUGCAAAGCAAGUGGAGGGAUUCCUCAAUAACCAGGAGUAUGUCUUAUCCCACACGGAAAUGCCUGGCACUCUUCAGCAAGCUGAGGCUGCCAUAAAACGUCAUGAAGACUUCUUGACGUCCAUGGAUGCCAAUGAGGAGAAGAUUCAAACUUUAGUGGACUCAGGGAGGAAAUUAAUUCAGGAGCAGAAUGUGAACUCUGACAAGAUUCAGGAGAAAGUUAAUUCAGUUGAUGACCGACACACGAAGAAUAAAAAUGCAGCCAAUGAUGUUUUGAAUCGUCUGAAGGACAAUCGUGAUCUUCAGCAUUUCCUUCAAGACUGUCAAGAGCUUACUUUGUGGAUCAAUGAGAAAAUGCUAACUGCCCAGGAUGUCUCAUAUGAUGAAGCUCGAAACCUGCACAGCAAGUGGCAGAAGCACCAGGCUUUUAUGGCAGAGCUAGCAUCAAAUAAGGAUUGGCUGGAUAAGAUUGACAAGGAAGGGCAUCAACUCAUGGCAGAGAAACCAGAGCUAGAGCCUGUUGUGAGAGAGAAGUUGGAUUCACUUCAUAAUUUGUGGAAUGCAUUGGAAUCAACCACCAACAGUAAAGCACAGUGUCUGUUCGAUGCUAAUAGGGCAGAGCUCUUCACACAAAGUUGCUCUGCUUUGGAAAGCUGGCUGCAGAAUCUGGAGGAACAGCUCCAUUCGGAUGAUUAUGGAAAAGACUUGACCAGCGUUAACAUCCUACUGAACAAGCAGCAGAUGCUAGAGAACCAGAUGGAAGUUCGGGAGAAAGAGCUAGAUGCCAUCCAGACUCAAGCACAAGCUCUGGGACAGGAAGAUGCCAAUAUAGUUGAGGUUGACUCCAAGAACAAGACUGUUGCAGACAGGUUCUUCACGUUACGUGCUCCUCUCAAUGAAAGAAGGAAUCUGCUUUUAGCAUCGAAGGAAGGACAUCAGUUUAACAGAGACCUGGAAGAUGAAAUACUGUGGGUAAAGGAAAGAAUGCCAAUGGCUAAAUCUACCGAACAUGGGAGAGACCUCCCGACUGUGCAGCUGCUCAUUAAAAAGAAUCAGACUUUACAGAAGGAGCUUCAAGGGCACCAGCCUCGAAUCGAUGACAUCUUAGACAGAGGAAAGUCUAUGGUCAAGAACAAUGUGUUGGAUGCGCAGGAAAUUGGAGAGAGGCUUGAAUUGUUGAGGAGCACAUGGGAGGAUCUGGCAAUGGAAGCAGCAAACCGCCAUGCUCGUCUUGAAGAAUCCCAUGCAGCUCAGCAGUUUUAUGCUGAUGCUGCCGAGGCUGAAGCCUGGAUGGGAGAGCAGGAGCUGCAUAUGAUGUCUGAAGAAAAAGCCAAGGAUGAAAUUGGUGCACAGGCUAUGCUGAAGAAACAUUUAGUGAUGGAACAGGCUCUUGAUGACUAUGCAGAAACCAUUCACCAGCUAGCCAAUUCAAGCCGAGAAAUGGUCUCCAGAAAUCAUCCUGAGAGUGAUCGUAUUACCAUGCGCCAAGGGCAGGUAGAUAAACUAUACGCCAGCUUGAAGGACCUGGCAGAAGAGAGAUGUGGAAAACUGCAAGAACACCAAAGACUCUGUCAACUUAAGAGGGAUGUGGAAGACCUUGAGCACUGGAUCUCUGAACGCGAAGUGGUGGCAGCUUCCCACGAAUUAGGGCAGGAUUAUGAGCAUGUGACGAUGUUGAGGGACAAAUUCCGUGAGUUCUCCCGUGAUACUAGUAACAUUGGCCAAGAACGAGUGGAUGGUGUCAACCUAAUGGCAGAUGAGCUUAUAUCUUCUGGCCACUCUGAGAAUUCCACUGUAGCAGAAUGGAAAGACGCCCUUAAUGAAGCCUGGGCUGAUCUUCUUGAAAUGAUAGACACUCGAAGUCAGAUGUUGGCAGCGUCCUAUGAACUUCAUCGUUUCUACCAGGAUGCCCGCGAGACACUGGGGCAGAUUCAGGAUAAGCAGAAGCAGAUUCCAGAGGAGACUGGCAGGGACCUAAACACAGCUGAAGCUAUGCAGCGCAUGCACACCACAUUUGAACAUGACAUUCAAGCCCUCAGUGCACAAGUGAAGCAGGUACAAGAAGAUGCUUCCCGUCUACAAAAAGCGUAUGCAGGUGAAAAAGCUGCAGAUAUUCACCGCCAUGAGCAAGCAGUGACAGAAGCUUGGGGAGAGCUGCAAAGUGCUAGCAGUGCCCGACGCCAGCUUCUUUUGGAUACAGUGGAGAAAUUCCGCUUUUUCAGGAUGGUUCGAGACCUCAUGUUGUGGAUGGAUGACAUCAAUCUUUUGAUUGAUGCUCAGGAGAAGCCACGAGAUGUAUCCUCAGCUGAUUUAGUGAUCAAGAAUCACCAAGGGAUCAAGGCAGAGAUAGAUGCCCGAGCAGACAGCUUUACAACCUGCAUAGACCUUGGCAACACCCUCCUAGAGAAGAACCACUAUGCCUCUGACAAGAUCUCUGAAAAAUUGGAGCAGCUUCAGGAAAGAAGACAAGAGACUGAGAAUAAGUGGAAAGAUAAAAUGGAAUGGUUGCAGAUCGUUCUAGAAGUGCUGAUGUUUGGAAGAGAUGCCAAUGUGGCUGAGGCAUGGCUGUCCAGCCAGGAACCCAUUGUCCGAUCUGCAGAGAUCGGAAAUAAUGUUGAUGAGGUGGAAAAUCUGAUCAAAAGGCACGAGGCAUUCCAGAAAUCUGUGUCCACUUGGGAUGAUAGAUUUUUCCUUUUGGAGAAGUUAACCACGUUGGAAGAAAAGGAGAUGCGGCGCAGGCGGGAAGAGGAGGAAAGAAGAAGAAGGCCGCCAACCCCACCUCAGCCUGAAGAGCAAGAGGAUAGUUUGCAAACACAGAAUAAUCAAUCCACAGAAGACCAGACUGCAAUAGUUAACAUGCUACAAGAAAGGUUACAUGGUGCACAGAAUCCUUCUCAGGAACAAAUUUCAGUUAAUGGUCUGUGUGCAGAGUCUGAUUCUCCCCAGCCAUCCACUGAUACACGGAGGUUAGAAGACAGUUUGUCUGAAAACCAGGGCUUUGGAACAGCAGAUGUCACCAAUGGGGCCAAAACAGAACUUAGUGGCAAAGAUGGAAGCCCGCCUCCUUCACCUGAACUUCAGGUUAGACCAACCUUUUCUCCAUUGAACAUCCAGUCCUCAACUCUGCCAUUCGGCGUCUCUGAACCCCUUGCGUCUGAGCAGAUGGAGGGAAUGUUGCACCGCAAACAAGAAAUGGAAUCCCACAACAAAAAAGCUGCAAACAGGUCCUGGCAGAAUGUUUAUUGUGUAUUGAAGAAAGGCAACUUUGGUUUCUACAAGGAUGCUAAGAGUGCUGCCAGUGGAAUCCCAUAUCACAGUGAGGUUCCUAUCCAGCUCGCCGGAGCCCAAUGUAGUGUGGCACAUGAUUACAAAAAGCGCAAGAAUGUCUUCAAACUGAGCUUGUCUGAUGGGAAGGAGUACCUUUUUCAAGCCAAGGAUGAGGGUGAGAUGAGUAGUUGGAUGCGAGUGAUAAAUGCCUCACUGCCUUCGUCUCCUGGAGAUACAUCAGACCGUUCCCCAGGCCCCCCCAAGGGCAUGACACGUGCUAUGACUAUGCCACCCUUGUCACCUAUGUCACCCAACAGUGCCACAGAGGGCCAAGUUACACUACGCAACAAAGAAGGGAAAGAAAAAGACAGAGAAAAGAGAUUCAGCUUCUUUAAGAAGAAAUAAAUUGCUUGAUGCCACGAGUGAAAGUGGCCAUGAUCAGUUAUCACUGUUAAUCAGACCUUGUGAAACACAGCAUGGGACCUUUGGGUAAAGGUUGGGCUGGGGUGUUGUUAUGGGUUAGGCCACCACAGCAUUUUAUAUAUAUAUAUAUAUAAAUAUAUAUAAUUAUACAUACAUAAUGUGUACCUCCAAUGAUGAACAAUCAUUGAGGCCUUGUAAAUGCAACAUGGUUGGUGUGAUGUCAACUCAAGAGCCAGUUGCCCUGAAAAAUAAGGAGGUCCUCUAAUGAGGCCCAUUUAGCAGUUAAUGAGGGGGGGGUUUGUUAUUACAUCGUCAUUAAACUUUUUCCUUCUGAGUGGGGUCUUUCAUUGUCUUUAUGCGCAUGUCCGGCCAUAAUCUCUAACAUGACAGCAGACGUUGGAGAUGCAGUCCACAUUUAGCAGCGUAUAAUGGAGAUGCAAUAAACUGAAAGAACUCAGCUGUG